AUGCCAUCACCAUCCAAAUUCAGCACAUCGUCACCUUCUCGAUCAAGGUUGGAAGCGGAAUUACAAGAAGCGACAGAAGACAGAGAUUGGGAUAGAGUUCACGAACUUUCUGAAAGACUAGCUUCAAGUACUACAAGGUCACCUUCAACGUCCAAUGGGCAAUCCAGAAGGAAGCAUGAUUCUACCAGAACCCAUUUCCGUCAUUCUGAUGAAUCCAGUUCUUCCUCUGGCGGAUCAUUCAGUAUUGGUGAAUCACUGUUAAGUGGUCUGUUCACGGGGAUUGGAGUGGCUGCUGGGACUUCGAUCUUCGGCUCAUUGAAUACGCCUAGGUAUGAGUGCAACACAUUCAGUGCACCGAUUAUGAGGACAAGAACUGUUUAUAGACCAAUUCGGAGACACUGUAUAUGA